CCGAGUACAUUGGGUGGGUGUAGUCGACUGCUUGACUGCGGUGCGGUAGCCGAUGUGGUCUGCUUGCAAAAAAGUUGACAACCACAACGAUCCAACCAGUCCUGGAGUUGUGCCUUUUUCUUUAGCCGGUAGCGCUCCCUCUACCACAGCCCACUAGUUUCCUGUUGUGCAUCAUCUUGGAUUUUCAGGUCCUAAUUAUUGUUCAUCCCCUUCUCGCAACUCAGCCUCCCCUGUUCGUACCCCAAUCCAUGCCUCUCUUCCUUUAUCUUCUUUGCUCUCCCCGGAAUCCCAAGAUCCGGCCUUGGUAAAUUGGCUCCAAGUUUACAAUUCCUCUGCUCAGUUGAUUCCGCUAGCCUUGUGGGUACGAUUCAUUGACCUGGCAUCGAUCUGGGCCCUGUGGUAACCCACCCGUAGCUCACUACACACACACAUACAUACUUCACGUAAUCACGCGUCACGGUCCCAUAGUACUUAAUACGCACAAGCACUCUUACAUGACAAGCCUACAUUGAUGCGCAUGAGCUUGCUUGUCACUUACAUAUGCGCGUACAGACAGCCCCAUCCACAUCUACGUCUACGCACGCCUUCUUUCUUAUAGCCCGCGUUCCCCCACCACCACCUUUAAAUCUAUCUGCGGACCCCAACAUUCCCCAUCUCACACUACGAGCUAAGCUACCAGGUCACAUAGCUUACAUUACAGACCCGAUCCUCUUGACUGUCACCGUCUCUCCACUACCCAGCUACUCAUUCCCGUCGGCCACCACACAUAACGGGUGUGAGCAGCCUUACCUGCCAAGACAUCACCAACAUGUCAGCCUCUGCAAAGCCUAGACAGCCUCGCCUGAGGGCUUCCUGCGAUGGUUGCUUCCUCGCCAAGGUCAAGUGCUCCAAGGCAAGGCCCAUAUGCUCUCGUUGCCUGGCAUGCGGCAUCGAGUGCCGUUACUCGCCUUCCACAAGGGCGGGCAAGCCCAAGUCGGGCCACAACUUGAACCAACACCAGAACUCGUCGGCAAACGACAUUUCGGGUCUUUCCCCAGUUGGUGACGACAAGACAAUGAUGUUUAACACACAUGUACAUGGUCCUGGUCUUUACAGGAUAGAUACAGGUUGGAACACGCCGCCAGGUGUCAUGAAUGGACUCACUCCAUUACUCGGCGUCGACGAAAGAGCUGCGAGGGAGGCGGAAAUGAUGGCAGCGGCAAGUGCGACAGAUAUCUACACGGCCAGUAUGCCCUGGACACCACCCAAUGACCUCAACCCGACCACGCAUUUUGGCGACACCCCCGCAAUGGUAGCACCGAUACCCCAAAGCCACCAUGCUAGGUCGCAAUCUUUCGACAUUACGAUGCCUACCAAUAUGUCACAGUGGACAGACCACCAGUCAACGCACGAUAUGUUUGGAUAUAGCCAAACCCACAUCCCCACGCCCUCGAGCAUGGCAAACUACUUCCCGAGCCCGUCUUCGACACCUACCCUCAGGCCGCAGGUUCGCGCCAAGGCAGCAUCGACAAACUCGAUCAAUACAAGCGGCAACGGCGCUACACCCUGCGGAUGCUUUACAGGAUGCCUGCAGUCGUUGCAGGCACUACACAACGCCUCGUCGCCGUCAUCCCCACCUUUUGAUGUGGUUUUGGCUUUGAACCGCAAGGCGGUGGAUGCCUGCGCAACUAUCCUGGCCUGCACGAACUGCAUGAGCCGUUCUGGGACCCACACGGCUGCAAUGCUCAUCGCGACAGUCAUGGGCAAAAUCACGGCCGGCUACAAGAGUGCGGCCCAGAACUACUUUGACAGCAGCAGCCCUACCAACAUUAUGGCCACCACGGGCGGCGGUGGCAGCAAUGGCACAUCUGCCAGUACCAGCCCGGUAGCACUCAGCAUCAACAGUAUGAGCGGCAACCUGGGAAACCUUGGUGGGUGUUUGGGAGUUAGUCUCGGAGCAUAUCAAGUAAACGCCGAGGAUGGGAGGUGGCUUGAGCUUGAAAUAUUGGCGCGGGAGCUGCGCAAACUGGAAGAGGUCUAUGCCCGGUUCCGGGAUAUUUCUACGGACCUGUCAGAGGAUCCCGAGGUCUCGAGGGUGAUGAUUUCAUAUCUUGGCCAAACACUGGGGUCAACUGUCGAGGUGGUAGUGAACCACCGAAAGGAUAAUAUGGGGUUUGUAUAGGACCCCUGUAUUACAGUUUGUCCUUUUUUGUCUUCUUCUUUCGGGCACUGGCAGGUUUUGGUCAAGCAACAUCGGCGUUUGUGGGUCUUUUGCUAUUCAUUGGUGGUAUUUUUACG